GCGCCUUGUGAGUGCUAUAUAUAAAGAAGAGUGUUUGCGAAACCCUCAUUCAUAGUUCUUCCCUUUCUCUCUAACUCUCAUUGUAGCACUGCUGUUGAAGCUGCAAACGAUGUCGCAUCGGAAGUUCGAGCACCCGAGGCACGGUUCCCUUGGAUUUCUCCCAAGGAAGCGAGCUUCUCGUCAUCGUGGAAAGGUGAAGUCUUUCCCAAAAGACAAUCCUAAUCAACCAUGCAGGUUGACUGCCUUUGUGGGCUACAAGGCUGGAAUGACCCACAUUGUCAGAGAAGUUGAGAAACCUGGAUCAAAACUUCAUAAGAAAGAAACAUGUGAAGCUGUCACUAUAAUUGAAACUCCUCCGUUGGUUGUUGUUGGAGUUGUGGGAUAUGUGAAGACACCACGUGGCCUUCGUACACUGAAUACUGUUUGGGCUCAGCAUCUAAGUGAAGAAGUCAAGAGACGUUUUUAUAAGAAUUGGUGCAAAUCUAAAAAGAAGGCUUUUACCAAAUAUACAAAGAAGUACGAAACGGAGGAAGGAAAGAAAGAUGUUGAAUCUCAGCUUGAGAAAUUGAAGAAGUAUUCAACUGUCAUUCGUGUUCUUGCUCACACUCAGAUAAGGAAGUUGAGGGGUCUGAAACAGAAGAAAGCACAUUUGAUGGAGAUCCAAGUUAAUGGUGGAACAGUAGCACAGAAGGUGGACUACGCAUACAGCUUCUUUGAGAAGCAAAUCCCAGUGGAUGCAGUUUUUCAGAAAGAUGAGAUGAUUGAUAUCAUUGGUGUGACUAAGGGUAAGGGUUAUGAAGGUGUGGUGACUCGUUGGGGUGUUACUCGACUACCUCGCAAGACUCACAGAGGUCUGAGGAAGGUUGCUUGUAUUGGUGCCUGGCACCCUGCCCGUGUUUCUUUCACUGUUGCCAGGGCUGGUCAGAAUGGUUAUCAUCAUCGAACUGAGUUGAAUAAGAAGAUCUACAAAGUUGCCAAGACUGGCCAAGAGUCACAUGCUGCCAUCACUGAAUUUGACAGGACGGAGAAGGAUAUUACCCCAAUGGGUGGGUUCCCACAUUAUGGUGUGGUGAAGGAUGACUACAUUAUGGUGAAGGGAUGCUGUGUUGGACCCAAGAAGAGGGUUCUCACUCUUCGUCAGUCCCUUCUCAAACAGACAUCUCGGGUUGCUCUGGAAGAGAUCAAACUCAAGUUCAUAGACACCUCGUCCAAGUUUGGACAUGGCCGAUUCCAGACCACUCAGGAGAAACAAAAGUUUUAUGGUCGAUUGAAGGCAUAAAGAUUUUCAUUUUACUACUGUAUUAGUGUCAUCAAUUUUUGCAGCAAACCAAUACAUUGUAUUUCAUCUUUUUUACGUAUUUUCAUUUAAAAUUUCAAUUUUGUUAAAGAUAUCUAAUAUUGAUAUCUAUUAAUCGAUUCAACUUAUUAUUUGCCAGUACUUUAAA